UCAUGUACUUGAGGGUCAGCCCCGAAGCUUUACGCACAAUUAAAAGACGCAUUUGAUCUCGGUCAGAGCGCAGCUUUCACUGUCGCUCGUCUCCAACUCUUGUCUCCUACUGCGCUGCUGCAACAUGUCUCAGAAGAGCCCCAAGAGCGGUUCGCCGCGGUCUCCACGAUCUCCCCAGAGUCAGGGACCUGUCGCAACUGCUGCACUGGCGCUUGAAGUCGAUGAUCUUCCUGAGGGGGAGGAAGAUGAUCCAGGUCUCGGCGAAGACUCCGAAAGCUCCACGGCCUCCAUCACCUCAAGCAUCCUCCACUACCGUACCAUCAAUGGCAGGACUUACCACAGCGAGAGAGGGAAUGCUGCCUAUUGGGGCUCUAAUGAUGAACGACAAAGUGAAGCGAUGGACAUUGCGUAAGAUCUAAAGCCUUUGAUGAGCUGUGUCAACUAACACGUCCAGGCAUCACAUGUUUACUCUUUCGCAAGACGGCGAGCUGCAUUUAGCUCCGCUAAAUGAUAACAUUCAAAAGGUACUUGACGUUGGAUGCGGAACAGGGAUAUGGGCCAUUGAUUUUGCGGACAAGUAUCCCGGAUGCGAAGUGAUAGGGACGGACAUCUCUCCAAUCCAACCUUCAUGGGUGCCGCCUAAUGUCAAGUUCGAGAUCGAGGACUUCAAUCAGGAUUGGACCUUCCCUCCGGAGUCCUUUGAUUACGUCCACUUACGCUAUUUAGUUGGGUGUGUUCCCGAUUGGGAUAAGCUCUUUGAACAGGCCUUCAAGGCUCUCAAGCCGGGCGGUUGGGUCGAGUCCUUUGAAGCCUCAGCUAUCAUCGAGAGUGAUGACGAUAGCGUAAAGCCCGACUCGGCAUUGGCUCAGUGGGGGCCUAUCUUUAUCAAGGCCUCAAAGACGAUUGGAAAUACGUUCACUGUCGUAGGAGACGAGCUUCAGAGACCUGGCAUCGAAAAGGCUGGUUUUACAGAUGUCAAGCAAUGGGACUCAAAGUUACCCCUGAAUCCUUUCCCCAAAGAUCCCAAGCUUAAAGAAAUUGGUCAGUUUGGUGAGCUGUUCAGUACUCAGGACACUGAAGGGUUAGUGUUGUUUGUUGCCAACACUCUAGGAUGGACUCCCGAGGAGGUCCAUGUAUACAUCGCCAAGUUCCGGCGAGAGAUCAGAGACAGGAGGAAUCACCCGUAUAUUCGCUUGAGAACUGUGUGGGCAAGGAAGCCAGAGUAAAUAUGAGGUCGCUUGUUUGUUCCUGUCACUGGCUUAAGCAUAUGACCGCUAUGGAAUUAAAUUACUAUGAUCUAUGUACUUUCGGGUUCUCGAAAUGCUGCAUAAAAUUGAGGA